UCCAAUCCAACAUUCACAUACCUUCCAUUAUUCUAUACACUUACCAUUCUAAAUUUCAAAGAUGAUGAAUAUUAUCUAACACUAAGUACCAUCCCUCAAAAAACCUCCUCACCCUUUUUAUUUUAAUAGGACAAAGCCUCAAUUUUUCAAAUUAGAUCACAACAUACCCUAAAAAUGAAUGCUAAUACUUCCAAUGAUAACCAUGCUCUUCACACUCCAUUGCUUAAUAGUAGCCCAAAACCAUCAAAGGUUAUCAUUGUGACAUUUGGUUCCAUUGUAUUCCUAAUGUCAAUGGUUGCAUUGAUCAUAGUUCAAAGCCAAAAUUCCUUACAAAAAUUGGAAAAUAUCACUCCUCUUACUAACAAUUCCUUAAGGCAAGAAUUGCCUAGAGGGGUUGCUCAAGGGGUUUCAAGCAAAUCAAAUCCAUCUCAUUUCAAUGAAGUUUCAUAUACUUGGACAAAUGCUAUGUUUUCUUGGCAAAGAACAGCUUUUCACUUUCAACCCCAAAAGAAUUGGAUGAAUGAUCCCAACGGUCCAUUGUUUCACUUGGGAUGGUACCAUCUAUUUUACCAAUACAAUCCUGAUUCAGCUGUGUGGGGUAACAUUACAUGGGGUCAUGCUGUAUCAACUGACUUGAUUCAUUGGUUCUACCUUCCCAUUGCCAUGGUACCCGACAAUUGGUUCGACAUCAACGGUGUAUGGACUGGAUCCGCCACGCUUCUACCAAAUGGCGAAAUCAUAAUGCUUUACACGGGCGACACCGACAACUAUGUGCAAGUCCAAAAUCUUGCUUAUCCUGCCAACCUAUCCGACCCCCUUCUCCUUGAUUGGGUUAAAUACGCGGAUAACCCAAUCUUGGAGCCCCCACCUAGCAUUGGUUUAAAGGAUUUCCGCGACCCAACUACAGCUUGGAUUGGGCCGGAUGGAAAAUGGAGAAUCCUAAUUGGGUCAAAAAAGGGAAAAACGGGUCUUUCAUUAGUUUACAAGACCACAAACUUUACGAAUUUUGAACUCAACGAUAACUACUUACAUGUGGUUCCCGGUACGGGUAUGUGGGAAUGUGUGGACUUUUACCCGGUUUUAAUAAACGGGUCUAACGGUUUGGACACAUCGGUAAAUGGGCCGCAAGUUAAGCAUGUUCUAAAGGCUAGUUUGGAUGAUACAAAAGUGGAUUGUUAUGCAAUUGGAACUUAUUUUAUUGAAAAUGAUACAUGGAUUCCUGAUGAUCCACUUGAGGAUGUGGGUAUUGGGUUGCUUUAUGACUAUGGAAGAUACUAUGCUUCAAAGAGUUUCUAUGAUCAAGUAAAACAAAGAAGGAUUUUGUGGGGUUGGAUUAAUGAAACUGAUACAGAAAGUGAUGACUUGGAAAAAGGUUGGGCAUCUCUUCAGACAAUUCCAAGAACAGUGCUGUUUGACAAUAAGACUGGAACUAAUUUGCUUCUGUGGCCAGUAGAAGAAAUAGAGAGCUUAAGAUUAAGCAGUGAUGAAUAUGAAGAAAUAGUGGUUGAACCUGGCUCUGUUGUGCCACUUAACAUUAGUCAAGCAACACAGUUGGACAUAUUUGCUGAAUUUGAGAUUGAAUCAUUGGCAUCUGAAGGGAUUAUUAGCAAUGACACUAUAGAUUGUGGAAGUGGUUCUGCAGACAGAAGUGCUUUUGGACCAUUUGGCAUUUUAGCUAUUGCAGAUGACACACUUUCUGAACAAACUCCAGUUUAUUUUAGGCUCUCUAAUGCUAGCCUUGGUAGUUCAACUACAUUCUUUUGUGUUGAUGAAACAAGAUCAUCAAAGGCACCUGAAAUUGCAAAACCACUUUAUGGUAGCAGUGUUCCAGUUUUGAGUGAUGAAAAGUUGUCAAUGAGGGUCUUGGUUGACCAUUCAAUUAUUGAGAGUUUUGCUCAAGGAGGGAGAACUGUGAUCUCAGGUAGAGUUUAUCCAACAGAAGCAAUAUAUGGAGCUGCAAGAUUAUUUCUAUUCAACAAUGCAACUAACAUAAACAUCAAAGUCUCCAUCAAGAUUUGGCAUUUGAACUCUGCUUUUAUAGGUCCCUUUCCCUUUGAUCAAAGUCAAUGAGAGAAGUGCAAAAAUGCAAAACCUUAUCAAGCUCAUAAAUUGUUAGUGAAUCAUCAUUCAUAGGUGAUUCACUUUUAUUUGGGAUUUUUGUAGAGAUAUAAUUUUAAGUCACUACAAAUAGAUUAUUCGAGAGAAUAUGAGUUAGAAUCAUGGCUCAAAUAAUGUUUAAUCAAA